CAUCCUUUGCGUAAACCACUUUUCGAGGGAGCUCUUCGACGCGCCAUGGCGCAAAAGAGCCUCUUCUCUUUCGGCUUCAAGGGCCAGAACCAGGCGAAGGCAACGACGAAGGACGACGCCGACGUCGACAUGCCUGCCGCGAGCAGCUCGAAGAAGUUGACGAAACCGACGAAAGCCAAGGUGUCGCAGUCCAUGAAGACGAAACCAAAGCCCAAGCCACAACCGAAGAAGAAGCCAGCACCCAAGCCCAAGCGCAAGGGUGGCGAUGACGACGAAGACGAGGAUGUCCCCUCGAGUGACGGCGAACACGACGCCCAGUCAGACGACGAUUACCAAGAACCGGAGGGCUCGGGGAAGGAGGACAGCGACGAAGACGCGCUCGAGGCGGAUGAGGACGCGUCAGAUGACAAUAUGGCCGUAGAGGAAGACUUGGAGGAGAGCGAAGACGAGAAACCGCAGCGUGUGAAGGCAGGCAAGGGUCUGAAGAUGCAGGGGAAACUAAAGGACAAGGAUAUCGCCAACCUUCCUCCCAUUCACGAAAUCACCGACAUAUUCCGCGACAUUGUCCGUCGUAGCCCCGCCCUCAAGGACCUCGCAGAACAUAUCACUGGACGCAAACUCCGUGUCGCCACCAUGUGUUCGGGCACCGAGUCUCCGCUGCUGGCGCUGGACCUCAUCUGUACCUACGUGAAGGAACUAUACGACGUCGAGAUCGGUGUCGAGCAUGUUUUCUCCUGCGAGAUUGAGCCGUUCAAGCAAGGUUACAUCGAGCGCAACUUCAUGCCGCCCCUUCUGUUCCGAGACGUUUGCGAGCUUGGUGACGCCGAAGCCCACACCGCUUUCGGAGCCCUCGCUCCCGUCCCCGGUGACGUAGACCUCUUGGUCGCCGGCACGUCCUGCGUCGACUUCUCCAACCUCAACAACCAGAAGCAGACCAUCGACGGCGCCGGCGAGUCCGCGCGCACCUUCCGCGGCAUGAUGUCGUGGAUCACGAACCACCGGCCCCCCUUAGUCAUCCUCGAGAACGUCUGCAGCGCGCCCUGGGACGAGGUCAAGAAGCACUUCGAGUCCAAGGGCUACAGCGCGGCGUUCAAGCGGUUUGAUACCAAGAACUACUACAUCCCGCAUACGCGAACGCGAGGGUACCUCGUCGCAGUGGACCAGAAGCAUUCUGGCGUGCCCGCGCAGUGGUCGCAGAUGGUCAUGGCGAUGCAACGACAUGCGUCCUCGCCUAUCGAUGCGUUCCUGCUCGCUUCGGACGACCCUCGUAUAUUCCAGUCUCGUCAGAAGCUUGUGCAGGAGUCGGCUCAGGCACUCGAGAAAAAGUCAGGACGUACAGACUGGGGACGAUGCGAGUCGCGACAUGCUCGUGCUCGACUUGAGGAAAGGCUGGGCAACAAACGGCCGCUGACCUACUGGGAAAGCGGUGGCACCUGCAAGUUGCCAGAGCACGCCUGGAAUGACUGGGGAAGCGCCCAGGUCGAGCGCGUCUGGGAUUUGAUGGACAUCCUCACGUUGCGUAUGGCUUCAAAGGACAAUGUAGACCCCAACUACAAGACACAUGUAUGGAACCUGUCCCAGAAUGUGGAUCGCACCACCGGCAGCAACGCCAUCGGUAUCUGUCCUUGCCUGACUCCGAACAUGAUCGCCUUCAUUACCAACCGCGGCGGCCCCCUCGUCGGCCUCGAGGCCCUCUCGCUGCAAGGUCUCCCGGUCGACAAGCUUCUCUUGACGCGCGAAUCCGAGGACCAGCUAGCCGACCUCGCCGGCAAUGCCAUGUCGUCCACCGUCGUCGGCUCUUGCAUCAUCGCGGCGCUGAUCACUGGCAAGAAGCUCCUGAAAGCCGGCAGCGAGAGCCAGUCGUACGAGAAGAAGAAGGACUUGGUCGACGAGGACGAGGUACCUCAGGAGACGCAGAAGGCGGUUGAGAGCUUGGCCGCGCGGACGGAGGAUCGCAUCGUUGGCGAGGAGGACUUGGUGUUCCACAAGCUGGAGCUCUUCCCGACGCGGCAGCGCCCACUUCCCGAGUUGCUUAAUCUCGUGUAUCGCAGCAGGCGCAUGUGCUCGUGCGAGGGGAGGACGGACCAGACGAAGAAUACCCUCCUGCGCUGCUCGAACUGCCUGAGCACGAUCUGCAACCGCUGCGUGCGCACUGGCGAGCACCACGAUCUCCAGGUGGUCGACUUGGCCGCUGAGGCGCGUCUGUACCCCGCGGAUGUGGCCCGCGAGCUGAAGGAGGCGCUGCCGAUGUGCAUCCGUGUGCCGGAUGUGACCGCAGAAUUCCUCGACGACCUGGCCGCGAAGGGAGGCUGCGACACGUCCGAGAAGGACUACGUCAAGUGGAGAGACGCAUUUCUUCGCGCAUGCUCGUCGGAUAUCCGAUUUUCCGAGGUCAAGCGCCAGGAGGUGUGGACGGCUGUCUAUACCUCGGUGCACGCCACGCUGGAGCUCAUUCUGGAGCCCAAGUGCGUCGAAUGGAGGUUGUACGCCAAGGCUGACCCAGAGGAGCUCAGCCAGUCUGAGAUACGGCGUACCCUGUCGAAGGCAGUGGCGCGUCUGCAGUGCGAUGGCGAUGACCUCACGUCGGGCAAGUGGGCUAUCGCAUUGCCCGUUCAGCGGGAUAUCACCAUUCGUGUAGCUGCUGUCGGGGAGCCGGUUCCUUCCUGGCGUAAUCGCUUGGGCUUAGAGGACUUCAAGGACGAGUUUGCAUCGUCGCAGAUCAAGGUCAGCGUCGCUCCGGAAGAUAUGCCACAUCUGGAUAGCGACAUCUCCGGCGUCUAUGACCUGUUCCCGAAGUGCGGGACGGCAAACGGUGCGCUGCAUAAGAAGCAGAGCGAUGAUCCCGAAGCGCGUCCUUUGUGGUUCUUCCUCGACCCGCACCCGGUCUUCAAGGAUGACCAUUUCGUGUUCUCGCACAGCAAGCGGCGGCACGAGUAUAAGGAGACUCGGGCGCUGGUGUGUCGGGUUGAGGAUGUCAAUUGGGCGCCGCCGACUGGGGAGGACGAGCAGGAAGUUCAGUGCCGGACGCCGUGUCAAUGGGUUCCUAUCGAGUCCUUCAAGUUACAGGUCACAAGUAUCCAAGACGCGAAGUUUGGCACUCCCGCGCGGACGCUACUCGAUUCCAUGGGCGACGAUGCCUGCUCGUAUGCGACCGCACUGCUGUCCUGCGUUAUCCCCAUGCAGGCCUCGUCGGCCAUGGACUGGCCGCAGGGUGACUGGCGCACCGUUGACAAGAUCCACGAGCGCACCGUUUUCAAGGCGACGGCGUGGCUCUUCGAGCGCAGUCGGUCCAUGAGCGACAUGUUCAACCAAUGGCAGCCCGUCGCUUGCGAGCACCCUGGCCGCUGCGAUCGCUGUGCGCCCAAGUCGCCCGCAAUUCACUGGAUUCCGGCCCGUGGCAAGAAGAUGGUCGCCAUUGAGGACGCCGCGGAAGCUGGGGAGUACGAGCGCCGACUCAAGCGGCGUCCGAGCCCUUUCGUCAUCCAAUGGAAGCGCGACGAGGCGGGACUUUGCCAGCUGCGGAUUGGCAACAACAUCCCAUCCCUCUUGCAUCGUGCACAGGCGAAUUUACCCCCAACGAUCCUCGACGCUUCGCCCCUCAAGUUGUCCUUCCGGUUGAACACAGCGUACAUCGCCGCGUACACGAGCUCGUUGGCGAAGUUCACCAUGAAGAGCAAUAAGCAAGAUCCCGAGCACAAGCAGCCGCCGCACUUCAAGGUUCCCUUGCGCAAGGAGCAGCGGCGCUCGCUGAGCUGGAUGAUUGCGCAGGAGGCUCCCGGUGCGCCGCCCUUCCCUGAGGAGGAAAUCGCUGAAGCUGUGCUGGAACCCAUGCAAUGGCGUGCAGAGGCCAGGGCGGUCCGCGAAGUUCGUGUCAGGGGUGGUGUCCUUGCAGAUGCUGUCGGGUACGGCAAGACUGCGAUUUCGUUGGCGCUCAUCGACUGCAACCAGAAGAAGGUCGAGGACGAGCACGAGGAUGCAAACGACAUCUUUGGCAAGAUCUCCAUCAAGGCGACGCUCAUCGUUGUCCCUCCGCAUCUGAUCAAGCAGUGGGAGUCCGAGGUCGAGAAGUUUACGAGGCAGCAUUUCGAGGUCUUGCUAUUGUCGUCGCAUGCGAGCAUCAACACGAAGACGAUCGAGGAUUACGAGGAUGCGGAUAUUAUCAUCGCUGCCUCCAACCUCUUCAAGAGCGACAAAUACCUGGACAACCUUGCCGCCAUCGCCGGCUGCGGCUCGUUCCCGUCCAGCGAUGGUCGUUACUUCGACGCGCACCUGGACCGAACUCUGGAGGCCAUGAAGGAGAAGACGGAGAUUCUGAAGACGAAAGGUCCGGCGGCUUUGUUGGCUAAGAUGAAGGAGGACAGGAAGCGAAUGCGCGAUGAAGAAGCGGCUGCCGCUGCCGCUGCGGCGAUGCCUUCGAAGCGCCUGAAGGGCAAGAAGCUGCGCGAGGCCACGGAGAAGGUGACUGUCGCGACCAGCAGUGCAGCUUCUAGCAGCGCAGCACCGACUCCGGUACCCUCAUCUCCUGCCAGCGCCACCUCAUCUUCUACUCGAGUAGAAGUCGUCAUCGCAAGGCGUCCGGAUCUGACUGGCAUCGCCGCCACCGACGAUGAGGAAGACGAGACGCCGAAGCGCAGCUUGGGCAAGCGCCGCUCUGCUAAGAAGGUGAUCGUCUCGGACGAUGAGGACAGCGAUGUCAAGCCCGCUAAGCGCCCCGCGAUCAAGAAGGGCAAAAAGCGCGCCCUCGACUCCGACGACGACUUCGAGAUGGUGUCGGCAGGUGACGAGUCCGACGAAGAGGUUGAGGACGACGAGGACGAAGAUGCGCCGGCUGCCAAGAAGCGAAAAGGCGCGACUAAAGCGACGGUGACGCGCAGGGCGCCAUCGACGUCUGGCAGCUCCACUGCGGCCUCUUCAGACAUGGAGGUCGACGACGCCCCCAAGAAGGGCAAAAAGCGAAAGGCGGUUGACGACGACAAGAAGCCCGCCAAGAAGGUCGAUCGUAUGGCCACUGACCCCUGGAAGCUCGGGUCGCCGGCAGUCAAGAACAACUGGAUCAAGAUGAAGGCGCCGCCGCUGGAGAUGUUCCACUUUGCUCGCAAGAUCAUCGACGAGUACACCUACCUCGAUGGCAAGGUGCUUUCUUUAGUCACCAAGCACUCUGCGUCGCGGAUCUGGGUCUUGUCUGGCACGCCGCCCAUCCAUAACUUCGCCGCGUUAAAGACGAUCUCCAACUUCCUGAAUAUCCAUCUGGGGAUUGAUGAUGUCGGCGAGGGAAAUGCGAAGACGUCGGCCGAGCUCAAGAAGAGGGCCCGCGAUCAGACAGCCGCCGAAAACUUCCACUCUUUCCGUGAGGUUCACAGUAACGAAUGGCAUGCGCACCGUCUCGAGCACGGGCAGGCGUUCUUGGAUCAGUUCGUCAGACAGAACGUGGCAGAGAUCGACGAGAUCCCAUGGACGACGAAGGUGCAUUGGGUCAAGCUACCCGCUGCGGAGUACGCUUGUUAUCUCGAGCUGGCACACUACCUUCUUGGACUGGACAUGCAGGCCAAGAAGACGAAGAAGUCGGACAGCGAUCGCGAAAAGCGACUUGCCCAAGCGCUCGGCGAGAGCCAAGACGCUACUGAAGCCUUGCUCAAACACUGCUCUCACUUCGACCUCCAGCUGAAGCAGAUCAACGCCAUCACCGCUUGCGAUGCUAUCGUACAAGAACGCGAGCGUCAGAGGGACGACAAUAUCGGGGAGCUGAAAAAGGCUGUGAAGGAGCGGGCUAAGGAGGAGGAGAAGAUAUGGUCCGCCAUCCCGCAAGCGCCCGAAUCCCUCUUCCACUCGUGGGUGCGCACCAUGCUUACGAGCGGAACGGAGGACAAGGAGGCGACGGGUAUCAUUCGCGAGAUUCUCUCGGCUCUCAAUGUCAAGACGCGUCCCAAGACUCCCAAGGACAGCAAUGACAAGCUGCCCGAGAAACACAAGGAGCGUAUCUGGGCGCAUCGCGAGGCCACGCACGAACUCCGGAAGCUCGUUACCGAGCUCAUCGGCCGCAUACGCGCUUUGCGGUUCUUCACCCUCAUUCGCGACUUCCAGCAAGAGCGGGACGAGGCGUAUACCAUCAGCUGCUCGCACUGUGGGCGGAAGGACGUGACGAAGGAGGAGGCUGGAGUGUUCUCGUCGUGCGGGCACGCCGGGUGCUUGACAUGCUUGCAUGCGUGUGCCGCGGAGGAGAAGUGCGUGGAAGAGAACAAUGGUUGCAGGGCUCUUGCACGCAAGAUCAACAUCGUGGAGGCAAAGGUUCUCGGCGUUGACAACGUGGCGAGGGAUGGCAAGGGGCGCCAUUACGGUCGCAAACUGGAGGAGGUCGUCAAGCUCAUCAAUGGCUUGCCAAAGAACGAACGCGUUCUUCUAUUCGUCCAGUUCGCCGACCUGACGAAGAAGGUCUCGGAGGCGCUCGACUAUCACAAGAUCCCGCACCUCGAGAUCAAGGGCAGCGCGUCUGCCCGUAGCACGGCACUGGACAAGUUCCAGAAUGGCAGCAAGGAGCGUGUCCUGCUGCUGAACGUUCGCGAUGAGAGCGCGAGCGGGGCGAACCUGACGUGUGCCAACCACGCGAUCUUCCUCUCGCCUCUGCACGCGCCGACGAAGGACCUGUACCAGGCAUGGGAGACGCAGGCUGUCGGCCGUGUCGUGCGCUACGGACAGCAAAAGCCCGUGCAGAUCCACCGUUUCAUCACGAUGGACACCAUCGACUCGGAGAUAUUCGAGAAGCAGCACGCGGACUUGGCGCAGCAGGGCAAGGCCAUUGAGGAUGUGACUCGCGCGGUGGACGCGAUGGAGGUGGAUUAGUGCGCGUCGAUCUUUGGGGUAAUUUAUGAUCUUUUACCUAUCUGUAUACCAUCUGUCUUGCAUAGAGGCUUAAUCUCCUGGCAUUUAGAGAUACGCUGUACGUACUUGCUUUGAUCAUCGUGUUGUCCAGUGGCUUGCAACGUUGUCGAUACCUAUGCUCUCGUCUGAAGUUUGCUAGACAUGGACUGAGGAACUACAAGACUGUAGUGUGCGUAAUUUUCGAGGAAUGGGAAGAGCCUGCCCGUC